AGAAAAACAAAAUAAAACGACAAUAGGCGACGCAAGAACACUCAAUUUUCCAACCUCUUUUCUCUCUCUCGAUCUCUCCGCUUAUCGUUUAAAAAUUAAACCAAACUAUUUUUUAUUUUUUUAAAGAAAAAAAAAACAGAAUCCACACGCUCUCAUAUAAUUCCGGAUCUUCUUCAAAUAAUUCCUCUUUUGAAUAAAAACAACAAAUCUUUUUUGUUUUUCUUGAGAAAUUUGUAAUUUAUUCAAGAUGAGCACUGGCGACCUUCUUAGCAUCGAACCCGUCGAGCUUAAAUUUCCAUUUGAAUUGAAGAAGCAGAUCUCUUGUUCUCUUCAGUUAUCUAAUAAAACCGACAGUUAUGUUGCUUUCAAGGUUAAGACAACAAAUCCGAAGAAGUAUUGUGUUCGACCAAAUGCUGGGAUCGUGUUGCCUCGAUCCACUUGUGAUGUUAUAGUUACAAUGCAAGCACAAAAGGAGGCCCCUCCUGAUCUGCAAUGUAAGGACAAGUUCUUACUCCAGAGUGUGAAAACGCAUGACGGCGCAACGGCAAAGGAUAUCAAUGCGGAAAUGUUCAAUAAGGAGUCAGGGCAUAUUGUUGAGGAGUGUAAAUUGAGAGUGCUUUAUGUUUCUCCACCUCAACCGCCUUCUCCUGUUCCUGAAGGUUCUGAUGAAGGGUCUUCGCCUAGAGGUUCUGUGUCGGAAAAUGGGAAUGCAAACGGUGCCGAGUUCUCAAAUGCCUCGAGAGCAUUUGGUGAGCGAUCUGAACCUCAAGAAAAAUCUCCAGAGGCAAAGUCUCUCAUUUCAAAGCUGACCGAGGAAAAAAAUAAUGCAAUUCAACUAAAUUCCAAGCUUCGUCAGGAAUUGGAACUUCUAAGACGCGAAGGAAACAAAAACCGUGCAACUGUCUCAUUUAUGUUCGUCAUAUUUGUUGGCAUACUUGGCAUAGUUUUGGGGUAUCUCAUGAAGAAGUAGUAAGCAACGGGUUUCAAUUGAUCGAUCGGUAGCCGUAAUUUUCCUCUUAAUUUCCCUUUCUGUCACCAGUCAAGUCAAAGAAUGAUGAUGAUGAAAGGCAAAGAAACUAAUGACCAAAGCAUGAUGCAUUUUCUUAGUUAGCAUUUUUAAUGGGUUUAGCCAACUUGGUUUAGGUCAGAUGAUGUGUUUGUAGUUGAUGAAGUGCAUUCUAAUGACUCAUAUGCUUUUGUUGACGUGCAUUCUUUUUGUAACUUAAGAUGAUCUGUGUUUUUGUUUUUAA